AUGCCCUCAGCUACAGCAGAAACUACCUCCGUGCCAUGCUGUAGCGCUCCAGAGAGCGAUGAGUUAUGUUCAACCCAGAGAGGAGCACGAUCUGUCCCACUGUGGUCAGCUACUUUGGGAACGGUAACUAAAGACAGAAUCAAGCCCGAUCCAGCCAAGACUGCAGCUGUGUCAGCUGACAAUCUCACAACAUAUUUAUUAGAGGUAAUCCUGUCACACCUGGCCUUAACCUGUGCUUCACUUCUGGCCACUCUCGCUGUCAUCCGAUGGUACAUCAGAGAUUCCUGCAAGGUUGAUGGCUCCAACCAGAAGCAUGUGUUCAUCACAGGCUGUGACAGCGGCUUUGGGAAUCUGCUGGCCAGGCAGCUGGAUGGAAAAGGCUUCCACGUCAUAGCUGCAUGUCUCACAGAGAAAGGUGCAACAGAUUUGGCAGCAGCAGCCUCCCCCAGACUGAAGACUCUCCUGCUGGAUGUUACAGACAGUGCGAACAUCAGGAGGGCGGUGGAGUUUGUGAGCAAAGAGGUCGGAGAUGGAGGUCUGUGGGGUCUGGUGAACAAUGCCGGCAGGUCCAUACCCAUGGGUCCAACAGAAUGGAUGCAGUUAGAAGAUUUCUCUAAGGUUCUGGAUGUGAAUCUGAUCGGCCUCAUUGAUGUGACGCUCCAGUUUCUGCCCCUGCUGAAAAAGGCCCGGGGCAGGGUGGUCAAUGUGGCCAGUAUUCUGGGCAGAGUUACUCUCACUGGUGGAGGAUACUGCCUGUCCAAAUGGGGAGUGGAAGCCUUCUCCAACAGCCUCAGGAGGGACAUGCAGCCCUUUGGUAUCAAAGUGAGUAUUAUCGAGCCUGGUUUCUUCAAGACAGGUGCAAGCAGGCCGGAUGUUGUUGAAGCUGACCUGAGGAGACUGUGGACCCGCCUCCCUCAAGAUGUCAAAGACUCCUAUGGAUACACAUUCUUGGAUGACUAUCUGAAAACUCAGGACUUCUCCUUGGGCAUCCUGUGCAGUCCAGAUCUCUCCAAGGUCACCAGGUGUAUGGAGCACGCACUGACAGCUCGCUUCCCACGCACACGUUACAGUGCAGGCUGGGAUGCCAAGUUUUUUUGGAUUCCUCUGUCCUACUUCCCUUCAUUUGUGUCAGACUUUGUUAUCAGUGCGCUUCUUCCUUCACCUAAGGCUGAAAGACAUCAGCUAAGCUAAACAGCACAAGAGACAUUUCUGAAAGUGAUAAAACUAAAAUAUUGUAACAACAAGGUCAAAAAAGUGUCUAGAUUAUGCUACAAAAUAUAAAAUGUAUUUAUUCAUGUCUAAGCAGCAAUUUAAACCAUUUGGGCAUGUGCUCGAUGGUCACAGAAACAGUUUCCAAUUGUCCUCA